UGCACUUCCGUGGGAUUUUCACGAAUAAAGCCUCAAUGUCUCAGCACCUCCGGCGGCGGGGGAUGGCCUCGUGUCAAACUAUAAAACUGCUUUGGGCCGAAAAAAAAUCAGCACACCCAGUAACGGAAUAUACAUCAUAACAUGUUCAGUUUUCGAUUGUUACCGCUCUUUUUUGCGAUCGCAUCCAUAGGAUGGAGCCCAUCCGUGGCCCAAGAUGCCGCAGCGGAGAGUGGAGCGGUCAGCGGCACCGUGCGUGUAUCACGCGGUCUUGUUAAGCAGAAAUUGUGCUACAAGUAUGGACUUUGCCAGGGUGGCGGCGUCCAAGGUGGUUAUCAAGGGGGCUACGUGCAAGGGGGCUACGUGCAACAAGGCUACCCUGCACAAGUCCCUCCAAUAAACAUUGCAAUUAGUCAAUCCCAGUCUUCGGCGAAUGAAGCAGGUGGCGGCUACAGUAACGGCUAUUAUCCUAACAACUACCAAUAUAAUUUCCCCCACGGUUUUCCGUUUAAGGGAGGAUACGGUGGAUACCAGAAACCGGGUUACUUUAACAACGGUCAAGGGUCGUACAACAGUCAAUUCAACGGAAACAUCUACGCUCCUGGUGGUCACGGUGGUGGAUAUGGCUUCCAAGGACCAAUAGGUCCUUUCUUUGAUGAAAAUCCUGACGAAGAAGGCAGCGGCCCGGAACGCAAUGACGAUAAUCCUGUGACUGGUCCACAGGGAUAUAAUAAUGAUUAUAAACAAGGGCAAUUAAAUAAUGGCGCACGAAACUUUGCUGUUGCGGGAAGUUUUGCAGCAGCAGGUGGAAGAAACUAAAUAAAAUAGCAAAUAAAUAGAAUAUCCUUAGUUGCUAUGUUCUCCUAGUAUCCAUAUUUCUCGAGAUUAUUGAUAAUUCAUAAAAGCUAGAUUCAAUUAAAAUUAAUUGCAGUUUCUAAAGUUGCAAACUGGCGAUAUGAUAUCGCAUUAGCAUAUAUGCAUAAAUUAACUUUCCGCUAUAUUCCAAUACAACCGAAUACUGUAUUUAGAAAAUCCCAAAUUCCCGCUAUUUACUUAAAACUGCGAUAAACACGGGUCAUAUUUUUAUGAUACCAUUUUAUUUCUCAGCGGAAGUCCACAUUUAGUUCAAUAAAUUUUUAUUUAGUUUCUAAAAAAACUAAGUCACUUGCACACUUUAAAAGAGCUUUACACAAGAUAGAAUUAAGUAGAUAUAAGAUCACUUUUGUGUUAAAUAUAUUAUUUAUUUUAUUGUAAAGAUUUUCUUUUUUAUUAUUGUGUUGGACCACUAUUAAAAGUGGUAAUUAUUCGUCACCGGGGACAUGAACUAUGGAGACCACAGUUUACACUGAAAGAUUUGACUGAUUGUAUG